CCUCUCUUCCUCUGGCUCUCUACUCUCUUUUGUCUCUCUUUCUCUCAUUAUUUAAAAAGGGUUGGGCGUGAAUUACAUAUUUGUCUGUGGCUGUACUGGGUUGGUUUUUAAUUUGCUGUGCUCCCAGUCUCAUUUGACAUUUCGGGGAGAUAUUGUAUCUUUUUUUGUCCUCACCUGUACUUUUAUUUUUUUUACACCUUUUUUUCUGCUUUCAGAGGCUACUUGGCUCCUGCCACACCCCCUCUACCUCCAUUUUUGGACACCACUUUGCGGGAAGAUUAAACAACACAAGCAAUCAAAGCCUUUGGAAGAAUGAGUAGCUACAAUAUUUCUCUGAGUGGGCCGGCCCCAUGGGGCUUCCGAUUGCAGGGAGGCAAGGACUUCAACAUGCCCCUYACCAUCUCCAGGAUCACCCCAGGGAGUAAGGCACAGCAGGGCAACCUGAUCCAGGGUGACAUCAUCAUGGCCAUCGACGGGGUCAGCACUGAAGGCAUGACCCACCUGGAGGCCCAGAACAAGAUCAAGUGUGCCAGCUUUAACCUGGCCCUCACCAUGCAGAAGUCAAAGCGCCCAUUUCCACUUUCCACAUCCACCCAAAGAAUGGAUUCUCCCAUGCAACAGAUCCCUCACCAGAAGGUUAUUUCCAACACUCCUGCCAACAACGAGUAUGUGCCCAACUUCAACCCCAUUGCGCUGAAGGACUCUGCCCUGUCCACCCACAAGCCCAUCGAGGUGAAGGGUCCUGGGGGCAAGGCCACCAUAAUCCAUGCCCAGUACAACACCCCCAUUAGCAUGUACUCCCAGGAUGCCAUCAUGGACGCCAUCGCUGGACAGUCCAAGGGCCACGAGGCCGGUUCGCUCCCAGUAAAAGACGCUCAGGUAGACAGUGCCUCCCCAGUUUAUCAGGCUGUGAUCAAGAAUGCAGACAGGGACAUGGAGUUGAAUGACUGGGCCCGCAGCUCCUCCCAGGUGCAGUCCAAGUCCUUCCGCCUCCUCGCCCACAUCACGGGAACGGAGUUCAUGCAAGACCCAGACGUGGAACAUCUGAGGAAAUCAAGGGAAAAGUUUGACACAGAAUUUAAAGGUCCACGUUUUGCCAAAUUGAAAAAUUGGCACAAUGGCCUGUCUGCUCAAAUCCUUAACCUGCCAGAAAAAGCCCUGGUUUCUUGCCUGUAUCGCCUGUCUGUCAGUGUCUUCCUCAUCUACGACAGCUCUCCAGUAACCCAUCCAUCCCCCUCCCUCAACCCCCUCCCACGAAUCCUAACCUCCAUGGUUAAAGCUCACUACUGCUUUGAUAGUUCAUAUACACACAGCCCUACAUAUGGGUUUCGGCCCCAGACUGCUGAUGGUUUUCUCUCAAUGCAAUUUAACCUCUUAUGCAGUAGCUCUGUUGAGCAUGCUCCAGUUUCCACCAGCCCCACACAUGUCGCUCUCCCUGCUAGCGCUGCUUCGCCCAAUCAGGCAGCUUCGCCUACUGCUGCUUACCGGUCUCCAGAGCCCGCCCCCGUAGCCCCUGAACCCACCCCUGAGAGCCUAUAUGGCCAGGCUCCCCCCAUGCAAAAAGCCCCUCCCAUGUACCAGGGGCAAUCCAUGUACCAGGGGCUUUGUAUGCAGAAGGGACCUCCCAUGCAGCAGGGACCUUCCAUGUACCAGGGGCCUGCUAUGCAGCAGGGACCUCCCAUGUACCAAGGGCCUCCAAUGCAGCAGGGACCACCCAUGUACCAGGMSCCCCCCAUGCACCAGGCCCCGCCUAUGCAGCGACAUCCCAUGCAGCAGCCUCCUCCCAUGCAGCAAAGCUCCAUCCAGAUCCCUGUGGGCCCUCCUCCACCCAAGGUGGUCAGCACAGCCUGCAUUGUGCCAGCUCCAGCCCCUGAACCCCCCUCCAGCAGGCCACCCUGGAUCACGGACAACUCUUUUGCCAACAAGUUUGACCCCAGCAAGAGCACCAGCACCAGCAUGAAAGUGCCUGCUCUACCUCAGAGUGCCCCACCAGCACCGGCCUACAUCCCAAACCCUGGCUCCGCCCACGCCCCUCCCUCUGCCCCAAGCCCUGCCUAUAAUCCCAGCCCCGCCCCCUACAACCCCGCCCCUGCCCCRUUCCCUCCCAUUGCCCGGGGCGUAGCCCAAAGGGCGGAGCGCUUUGCUGCCAACAGCAGCAGAGCACCCCUCUGUGGCGCUUGCAACAACAUGAUCCGGGGACCCUUCCUGGUGGCCUUGGGUCGCUCCUGGCACCCAGAAGAGUUCAACUGUCACUACUGCCACACAUCGCUGGCAGACUGCAGCUUUGUGGAGGAGCAGAACGCAGUGUACUGUGAGAACUGCUACGGAGAGUUCUUUGCCCCCACCUGUGCACYCUGCAACACCAAGAUCAUGGGGGAGGUGAUGCAUGCUCUGCGGCAGACAUGGCACACCACCUGCUUUGUGUGUGCUGCCUGUGGCAAGGCCUUUGGAAACAGCCUAUUCCACAUGGAGGACGGGGAGCCUUACUGCGAGAAAGAUUACAUUUCACUCUUCAGCACCAAAUGCCAUGGCUGUGACUUCCCAGUAGAAGCUGGAGACAAGUUCAUUGAAGCACUGGGUCAUACCUGGCACGAUACCUGCUUUGUCUGUGCGGUGUGCCAUGUGAACCUGGAGGGCCAGCCCUUCUACUCCAAGAAGGACAAGCCCCUGUGCAAGAAGCACGCUCACGCCAUCAACGUGUAAAUGCUCCAUCUGCAGCCUUAUGGGGUGGUGGGCAGGUACUUACGUAUCUAUGCCCAAGCCUUGGCAAUGAGCCCUGUAGAGGGGGCAUUGAUCCCAGUGUAAAUGAUGAAAAACACAAGCUGAAGAUGAUAGCGACAAGAUUGACCGUCAGUCGUGACAAAAUAUUAGUUAGGUUUGUAUUUAUUAAUUUCACUGACAAAUGAAUUCUAAUGUAUAUUUUAUAUCAGAGAAUUCUGAUGUAAACCCUUUGCUAUUCCACUGAGUUCCUAGAGGGCCUCAAUCCAGGGAGGUUGGAGCUACGGCCGACAGACACAUGCAGACUGAGUGGAGUAGCAGGGUUCUUCAGUAAAUAAGAUGCCUUAUUUCACAGCAACACUGUGUGCUUUGUUUUGAAUGUAAAACCCCAAAUAGCGAACCACAAAUAGCUUGCAGUGAUGUGGUAAGAUCGUUGUAGGAUUGUAUACACUAGAUUCAACAUGAUAAUGCCUCACACUGUGAACUGAUACAGUAUAUCAUGACACAUUUAGGCCUACUAAUACUGUUGGAUUUCACAGAGCUAUUAUACAUUAUAGUUUAGUAAGUGAUAUUUAUUGCAACUUUGACAGUUAUAUUAUUUAUUUACAUAGAAUAAAAUGAAAGCAUAACAUCCAUGGAUGUUUAUAUUGCUGAUAAAGCAAAAAAGUUAUAUUGCCUUUUGUUGACAGCUGCAUCAUACAGAGAGGUUCAUAGUAUUAUAUGAAGUACUUCACUCAAACUUUUUCAUCCUGGAUUCAUUUGAUAUCCAGUCAAAAAACAAUACAAAGAUGGCAAUAUGUUACAUUAUGAUACAGUAGUAACAUACAACUUUAGGGAUACAGGUAGAAGAUGAGGAAACUUAUAUUUAUGGGGUAGGGAAGUUAGGAUUUUUGGAAUGUGUCUCAUAAACGUGGAAAUCAAGGAAGUACCCUGGAUCUUUUUACAGCAUGUAAGAGAGGCAAGCACUGGCUUGGGGUCUUACAAAUACAUUUUACACAGCAAAUGUCUAUGCAUCUCUGUAUGAAGCGCUACAAUUAAACAAGAAUUUAUAGGAAAUAUCUGUCAAGGCCAAAAACAGCCAUUCACAAUAAUUUCGCUCUCACUAGCACACACCUUAAAGGUCAGUUGUGACCUUGUGCUUGUGUACAGAUGCUUUACUUUGAGUUUAUUUUAUACACCUGUGUAUUUUCUGUGUUUGUGUAUGUAUGCAUGCAAGAGUUUGUACAUGAUUGUCAGUGCAUGUCUACUGAGGCAACAUCAGUAUUAGUUACUGUAUGUAUUUGUGCCACUAGAGUAGCAAGGUUUAUUGUGAUUUGACAUAACUCUGAGAACACUAGACUAAGUACUUUUGAUAUGCGUAUGUAUGUAGAUCAACGAGUAAGGAAAGCAUAGUCAGUGACAGUUCAGAAUAAACCUUACAUGGUACCAUUGAGGGAAAUGAAGGAAGACUUGAAUUGUUGCUAAAUAGUUGUUUAAGCGACUCGUUUUUUUGAAAGUUCAGCAUGUUGAAACUAGUUAUAUAGUUUCCAACCACUAGAGUGCAACAGAGUGUUGAAACCAUGCUGGCUACUUGGUAUGCCUCACACGCUAGUCACUAUUUAUACAUAGUACACUCACUGUAUGUUCCCGUGGUCCCCACCCCAGCAAACACUACAAAGCCAUUUGUCACCCCUGUYCACUGAUCAUACGCAACAGCUCAAUGUCAAUAUUUUUUACAGACCCCAUGUGUCAGCCAUGUACUGUAUUGACACUUCCUCCAUAAUCAGAUACAUAAUCUAUAUUGUGAAUUUUGCCAAGAGGAAGAGGACAUAAUGCUUAAUCAAGAUGUGUAGAACUGAAAGUUGAUGUCAACAUGAUGAUAAAAUGGCUGUGCAUCCCAUUAAGGCCAUUUUUAGGCAAUACUAUUUUGUGUUACCUGGUAUCUGAAGGACCUUGUCAUCAGCCCAAACUGUCAAUAUACAGUACCAGUGAAAAGUUUGGACACACCUACUCAUUCAAGGGUUUUUCUUUAUU